GGUCUCAUACCGGUUGCCACCUGCAGGGCUGCGCGUGGAAGCAGCGAUAGACGGAGCGCCGACGUCUGGCCUUCCACCUCGCGCCUUCUUCCUCAACGCUAAACCGGGACUCAGCCAAUCACAAGCCAGCAUUCAAAUGGUUCUGACCAAUGGCAGGCAGAGCUGCUCCGAGCUGCCGGCCAAACUGCACCGGGAGAUCAUAGACGUGUCUACGCCGCUGAGUGUGACGGUCCUUGGCGUACCCGGUGACCCCGAUAUCGCGCUGCGACGGGACUCGGUAACGCGUGCGGUGGCGACGGCGGUGAUGGCUCCGGGCUGUGGGGGCGACGCCUGCCACCCUCGUCUUCUGGUGCGCACAGUUCUUGGGGGGGGGUUGACGCACUGGGUGCUGGGCACAGACGCGCCGCUGUUGGUGGAGGUGACGGUGCUGGUGGAAGAUGACCCCGCCUAUAACGCCUCCCUAGUGUUGCGGUUGCCCAGGCACGUUACGGCACGUCACGCUCCUGUCGAGUGCACGCUCACGCCUGCCGGUGGCGGCCAAUCAGCCGCGGUCACAUGUCGUCUGCCCUCGCCAAUCAGCGCCCGCCAGACCGUGGUGAUGGCCAUCAGCACGUCGGUCGGUGCUGUGGGUGCUGAGGGUGCUGAUGGUGCUGAUGGUGCUGAUGGUGCUGAGGGUGCUGAGGGUGCUGAUGUCACGCAGCUGGAGUUUGACGUCAGCGUGACAGCGCUGAACGCCGCUGCUGCUGACAAAGCUACGCUGGCGGUCACCAGGGACGUCAGCAUCGUUGUACAAACUUUAACGGACCCGGACGCAAUCUACUACGGCACAGCGACGUCGGCCGCCCUCCAGGCUUUAGACUUCGUUGCUAAGGUGCAAAACAACGGCGUAACGAGGUCCGUGAGUGUGCAGCUGCAGCUUCAGGUUCCUGCAGCUGCUGGCGGUCACCUGCUGCUGGUCGGCACUCAGGUGCAGCUGAGCAGCGGCGGGCGUAGCGGCGCAUGCGCAGUGGAGGCGCUGCCGCAGGGAGAAGAUGUGAUCCAAGAUGGCGGCGGCGGUGAUGGUGGUGAUGGCGUGGUGUUACGGUGUGGUGAUGUCACGACGAGUUGUGUUUUGGUCACAUGCGUGUUACCUGCGCUACAAGAUGAAGUAAUAACGCUGACGUCAUUGGUUAACACAACCGCACUGCAGGAAGCAUUCGGCAUCGAAUCCGCGGUGCAAAACAACGGCGUAACGAGGUCCGUGAGUGUGCAGCUGCAGCUUCAGGUUCCUGCAGCUGUUGGUGGUCACCUGCUGCUGGUCGGCACUCAGGUGCAGGGAGAAGAUGUGAUCCAAGAUGGCGGCGGCGGUGAUGGUGGUGAUGGCGUGGUGUUACGGUGUGGUGAUGUCACGACGAGUUGUGUUUUGGUCACAUGCGUGUUACCUGCGCUACAAGAUGAAGUAAUAACGCUGACGUCAUUGGUUAACACAACCGCACUGCAGGGCAAGUGCUACCGCGUGGAAAACUUGGAGAGAUAA